AUGCGACGAUUGAUUGUUGGCGUGCAAGCAAGCAGUGACUGCCAACAAUUCCUCGGUUCUUUCUCCACGACGGCAUCGCAGCACCCGUACCGCCUAUUGGAAUCUCUCGAGGAUUUUGAGCUCGACCACUUUCGUCAGACAUACUUCAUCCCGGAGCACCCUAUAAUCCUCCCCCUCCGAUAUUUCCAAACUCUUCCUGCCUUCGAGAAAUGGUUCCGCGACUCGCCGUCCCGAUUAAACACUGCGUAUCUCAGUCAAUAUGGUGCGGAUGCUCUGGUUCCUCUGGAACUGACACAAGCUCCUGUCAGUACUAGUAUUGGAGCGAAUGGGCUUCGCUUUCGGCAGUUCCAUGCGCCUCUAAGCUUGUUCCUCAAAUGGAUAUCUGCUGCGGAAUCUCUCGAAUCGCACACGAUGCGUUUGUACCUGGCGCAGUGCCAGCUCCUUGACUUGCCGCAGGCUCUUCGCGAUGAUCUCCCCACCCCAAACUUGGUUGCGCAGGUAGGAAAGGGAGAUGUUUACGAUACAAACAUUUGGAUUGGAUACCCGCCUACGUAUACCCCUCUUCACCGCGAUCCGAACCCGAACCUGUUUGUCCAGCUGGCCGGACGGAAGGUAGUGCGAUUGCUACCACCCUCGGAAGGGCAAAGGGUGUUCGGCGCGGUGCGACGCCGAUUGGGGAAGAGCGCUGGCCGCGAGUCUGCUGCAAUUCGGGGCGAUGACAUGAUGCACGGCGAGGAGAGGGUGCUGCUUGAGCAAGCUGUCUGGGAUAAUGCAGCUACCGAAUCUACUGGUCCCAUCGGAUUCGAAGCGCACCUAAAGGCUGGAGACGGCAUGUUCAUACCUCGAGGAUGGUGGCAUAGCAUCAAGGGACUGGGGGACAGUGUGACUGCUUCGGUAAGAUGCCAUGCUGUCACCCGUGCCUCUCUCCUCAACAUUCUCCUCAACCCACUUCUUACCGCAUCCACAUCCACCCGCGCAUCGGCGAUCAGUACGCCACGAUUUCAAACCCAUCUCCCUGCUCAUCCGCACUGCUUCGCUUCUCAUCUUUACCGUCAGCAUAACGCCAGUUUCUGCUCAACGAUGUCGACGACGCCUUCCCAAGAGCCCCUGACUACUGGCACCGCCCCCCUCUCGGAAAAUCAGGAGCGGAAAGAAUACCUCGCUCUUCCAGAUGCAAGCAGUGUCGACUCUGCGACGCGACAGCUCGACGUCAGUGGCGAUGGGACAUCCGUGAGGCUGGACCAUCUCGGCCCGUUGGUCGUCAACCAGGAUGGAACACUAUCGAGAAUCUCGAACUGGGAGCAGAUGACCGAGAUUGAGCGGACAAAUACAUUGAAAGUCCUGGGCAAGCGCAACAAAUUGAGGAUGGAUGCUAUCAAAAAGGAACAGAACCAGGAACAGGUAAACUAGGUGGAUUCACCAACUGGCGCCGAGACAAGACACUUGGUCGCGUCGGCUGCUGGAAGGCGAUUCUGCGGACUGUAAUGUCUUCUGCUGUUGUUGUAUGCUUUCUAUACCGGUUGAAUAAUUUUACAGGGACGCAUUGCCGGACGGCGCGUCACGUUCAGAACUAUAUUUUGACUAUAUAUCUCCCGCCUGGAGCAAUAGAACACAUCAUCUUUGCCACAUCUCUUUGGUCCAACCGUGUAAGUAGGUUAGCCGAACAGCCAAUCGCCAAAUCGUGAG